GUUGCUUAUGCCUGAUGCGGCACCUACUCGUAUCGUCAGUGUCUCUCAGUCCACGCUAGCAGUCGGUCGGUGGAAACCGUUUUUUUUGUCGGUGUAAUUUUCCCAAUCGUCAUCCCUUCCCAUCCGUCUGGUUUGGUCUGGUCCACCCAGUGUGUAGCGAUUUCCCACCGCGCGCGUCGACUUGAACUGCGAGAAAGAAAAAUUGCGAACGGUUUUGCUGAAGAUUCGGUUUUGGGACGGCUUACCGCCCGACUUCAGGAGGAUUCCGCGGGAAUCCCUCGACCGAACCCUCCGGUCCGCUCGCGCUCGUUUGCGUUCGAGUGUGCAUGCUAAUAGACAUUAGGGAAGCGGGAAGAAACGGUCCUUCAGAAAGCACCCGUGCGAAUCUAGAAUCGUAAUGAAAAUUAGGCUCCUCUAGUUGGAGUGGGUGGUGGACCUCGUGGCACAAAAAAGACCGUUCUGCCACAGGUGAAGUGAGUUUGCGGAAAACCCGAGCCGCAUAUCGAGGGUGAAUGAAAAGUUAAGCAGUGAAGGAGAAAAGUCAGAACCAUAAUCGGCGCAAAAACACAUCAUUAACAACAACAAAAGUGUUCUUUGAUCUGUCUGUGAAAAGUAUUCGGUUCGUUUACUGCCCCGUCGAUGGGCAAAGAAAGGCGUACGUGAACUCCGCUGAAGUACAACCGUGAGCGGCUGUGUUUGUGAGUUUGUUUGUGUUCGUGAAAACCAUUGUAAAGUUGAAUGGUGCGGAUUUUGUGAAAAAGUGACAAGGAAAAAACAGUUACAAUACAGAGAAAAAUCAGUGUUUGUUACUGACAGCUGAGUAGCCUUCCAGUGGAAAACGAGCCAAUCGUCGGUGGAGAUCAGGAAAUAAGUUGCGAACAGAUUAGCAACCAACACCGGCGGGGUUUUUCGGACAUCCACGGAAACAAUACGAAACGAAGAUCAACCGAGGGAGAAGUGACGUUGUCCAAGGGUGCCCCGCGCCAUCGUUUAGUGUGCUUUUAAUUUAAUUAACUCCUCAGCUUCCAGUGAAUCGCAACCGUGUUUGUUGCUGCUCUCACGUGCGGUCACAGAUCGACCGACGAAAAGCAACACAGAGAAAAAAUAAAGAACAAAUAACAAAUAAUCAACAAGAUCGUUUAACAAGGGUUUGGAAUUAUGCAACACAGUCACUACUCCAGAACAUCACCAUUAUCAUCCGGUAACAGCAACAGAAGCAGCAGUGGAUGCAACGUCCACGAGAGCAACAUUUCCGUCGAUUGCGUGCUUUCUUUCUCCGAAACCGUCGUCAAUGAGAGUGAGGAAAAAAGUGCCGCCGCCGUCGCCGGGUUUUAGCUGCGCCGCAAAGCGAACCUUUUGAGCCGUGAAGAAGCUCAAGUGGCAUCUCCGCAGCAUCACCAGAAGCACUUGUUGUCGCCGUGUGCUAGUUGUUCACCGACCAUCGUCGUGUCUUGCCACUCGUGCGCGUUCGGAUCGUGCCACACGUCAAGCCGUUAAGACUAUUCCGCGGCAUCUUCCGUUCGAUUCGCGCUCCUAGGGAGCCGAACACAGUUGUUGUUGCUGACCGAGCACGUAAAGCAGAGUUGUUGAUGUUUGUUGAUAUUAAUUUGUCUAGCUUUUAGUUCGAUUUCCGUUCUUGUACCGGUGGGAGGUUCGAUAUUUUUUGGCGCAGGUCGUCGAUUAUUGUUGUUCGAGAAGAUAGAAGGUGUUAUUCUUAAUCAGUUCGCCGAGCAAUUCGAGAGCGUUGUGCGUACGUGAUAAACGAUUGAAUUGAAAAUUAAAAAUUGAUAGUGAGUCGAAUUCAAUCCUGUUGAUUAAGUGUAAAGUGAAUUUAAGAGUGAUUUAAACGUCGUAAAAGUUUCAUCAUGCAACACCAUCCGGGUUCCUGGUAUAUACCGUGGGGUGUUCCGGGGAUGGGCCUCCAGAAGAUGCUGGCGGUUCCGUUCAAUCCGGCCACCGCCGGUUAUCAUCAGCCACAGAUUGCCGCGGCGGCAGUUCAACCCCAGCCGCAGGUACAGACGGCCGGUCAGCAGCAGGCCAGUCAGCAAGCGGCAUCCUAUCAGCACCAUCAGCUGCAGCAUCAUCACCCAGCGGCGGCACUACACAACCCAGCCGCCGCUGCUGCAGCUGCGGCCAUGCAGCAUCAACCGUUGCAUCCGGCAGCCGCCGCGGCCAUGUUUACGCCACUGACCUUGCGGAGUUUCAUGACACAUCCGCAUUUGAACCUCGGUCAGCAACCGAUAGCAACCGCCCAGCAACCUCUACAGCAGCAUACGCCUUCAAUAGCGGGCACCCCCGGUCCGACCCAGUCACAGCUGACGGCUCUGGGUUUGAACGGGGCGCUCGGUGCCAUUGUGCCCAUGCGACAACAGCAACAACAGCCGCAGCCACAACAGCAGCAACCGCCACAGCAAAAGACGCCGGCCAGCGUUUCAACCGGAACGCUCAUCAUGCCGAUGAGAAAGAUCAUUAUGUCCGAAAAGGACAAAACCAAGCUGGUAUCGACCGAGAAGCGAAAGGCCGACGAAUGUGAACCGGUGAAAGAUCUCAAAAAGGCAAAAUUGGAAACCAAAGCGCUGAAAGCCAAACGGCCUGGAUUCACGGACGAACGGUACCACGAGACGUCUUAUUACAUCGAAAAUGGCCUGCGUAAAGUGUAUCCCUAUUACUUCACCUUCACCACGUUCACCAAGGGUCGCUGGGUAGGCGAAAAAAUUCUGGAUGUGUUCGCCCGCGAGUUUCGGGCCCACCCGGCCGAGGAGUACGAACGGUGCAUCAAGGCCGGAACGCUGACUGUGAACUACGAAAAAGUGCCAACAGACUAUAGGUUAAAGCAUAACGAUCUCCUGGCUAAUAUCGUGCACAGACAUGAAGUUCCAGUUACUAGUCAACCAAUCACAAUAGUGCACAUGGACGACGAUAUUGUGGUUGUCAAUAAACCAGCAUCUAUACCAGUCCAUCCAUGCGGUCGCUACCGCCACAACACGGUGGUGUUCAUCCUGGCCAAGGAGUACAACCUGAAGAAUCUGCGAACGAUCCACCGGCUGGACCGGCUGACUUCGGGUCUGCUGCUGUUCGGGCGGAGUCCGAAGAAGGCCCGCCAAAUGGAGCACCAGAUACGGAACCGGCAGGUCCAGAAGGAGUACAUCUGCCGGGUCGAGGGCGAGUUUCCCGACGGCAUCAUAGAGUGCAAGGAACCGAUCGAGGUUGUUAGCUACAAAAUUGGUGUGUGCAAAGUUUCGCCGAAGGGUAAGGAGUGCACCACCGUUUUCCAGAAGCUGGGCUACAACGGUAACAGCAGCGUUGUCCUGUGCAAACCACGAACCGGUCGGAUGCACCAGAUCCGUGUUCAUCUCCAAUAUCUUGGUUUCCCGGUGGUGAACGAUCCACUGUAUAAUCAUGAAGUGUUCGGACCGGCCAAAGGACGAGGUGGCGAUAUCGGCGGCAAAAGUGAUGAACAACUGGUGAAGGAUCUGAUCAACAUUCACAAUGCGGAAAAUUGGCUUGGAAUCGACGGCGACUCGGAACUAUCGAUGUUCAAACCGAUGAAGAAUGAUUUGGAUGAUGGAAAAGGUCCCAUUCUGAGUGAUGAUGACUCCGAGAGUGUAUCCCGCGAAGCAUCACCUUGUUCGGAAAGUCCCCGUCCAGUAUCGCUGGGUAGCGAGAGUCCGAACGAGAACAUGUGCGCCUCGAUUCUGGUACCCAACUCGUUAAAUGUCGUCGGAAGUGCCAACACCGGCAGAAGCAACAGCAGCAGUUCCGCUACUCUCAACACGAGACUGCAGUCGCAAAAGGUCACAGUGGCAACUCAAACGGGACACGAAUCGCCCGACUUGGCAUUCAAUCCGGACAAGAUGACCACAGACAAGCACUGCUACGAGUGCAAGGUUCGCUAUAGAGAUCCCAAACCGCAGGAUCUGGUUAUGUACUUGCACGCCUGGAAGUACAAGGGUCCCGGAUGGGGAUACGAAACCGAACUGCCAGAGUGGGCUCGCGUAGACUGGCCCGAGCAUGAUUUCGCAUGAAUGACAUCUGGAUGCCUGCUGGACUACGCGGACAUACAUUAGCAUGGGCUAAUGCUGCCGUCAAUCUCCGAGCUGGCCAGAGUGUAAGAAGCGUGAAGUGGAAAAUUAAAAAAAAAAGAAACAAUACUGUGACCAAAUAGCUAACUGUGUGUGAUUCGAACCAGUGUUCCCGAAAAUGAGAAGCAGAAUAAUGGAGAAUGAAAAAAAAAGACAACUAGACGGUAGCCAGAAGAGCGGAUCGCAUUCGCAGUUUGGCGACCAAGUGUUAAGUAAUGCAAACUGAUUACGCAAACAUUCGACUCGCCUGGACGGGGGAAAUGCCGUAUGCAGUAGAAAGAUUUGAGACAAAUUUCAAGUUCUAUAGCGCAAAAAGAAGGAGGCGACAUUAGGGCGAACGUAGUUUUCUAAGCUUUAUAGUAUUUAGCUGUGCAGCAGAAGACGUUAUUACAUAUAAGAACAAUUUUGAGCAACAAGCGAUAAAAUAUUGAUAUUUCCGUAUGAAUGAUGAGACGAGGAAAGGAUUAACGGAGCGAUAGAGAGCGAGUGAAAGGCUUCGUUUUUAUACGCAUACAUUUUUGAUAACUAAAGAGAUCCAAUCGCAUCAAAUCCAACUGGCUGAAACGAAAUGGUAAAAUUUAUACACAUUUGCCCUGUGCAGUGAAUAACGAAGCUAGAGCUACCCGUCUAAAAUCCAUAAGGGUACUCUCUAGCAAUAGGGAUUGUGACUGUUUUACUUUCUGUCCGUCGUCAUUCAGCAAAAAAAAAAUAUAGCAUCAUCUGAAUCCGCUUGGUAAUAAUUCCACGUCAUACCCAUCAUCACGGUCAUGAUCUCCAUCUCCAUCUUCCCGGUCGUGUAUAUUCGUACCACCACAGAGUGGCAUGCCAGUGGCGCACAUGAAUAUAACAUUUUCAAUUUGUCGCUUUCGUUGCCGCUGCAAAAUUGAUUAUUCAGACUUACAGAGAGCAAAACGCAAAGGGCAAAGCAAUGCGAAUGAAUCCAGACGCGGACGUAUACAACUUUGCUGCACAAUUAUUAGGUUAAGCAUUCCUCCCUGAGCCUCUACCCACUAGUUAUCAGUUCGGAUUUCACCGCAAACGAUAUUGUCAUUAAUUUUACUGUCCACACAGUAGAGACACAGUGACAAAUAUUUGGCUCUUAAACCUCUCCGAUUUAUAACGAGUUUAAUUAAAGCGAAAUUGAAUUUAUUCGUUCUACCGUUUACUGGCGGCCAUUGGCCCAACUGCUAAUUUAUGUCAAUUUUUAACGUUGCAGAAAGCCCAUGCGGUGCAUGGUGUAAUUUUCGGCCUGAAUGCAUGCCGCGAUCCCAUUUGCUGCCCGGUCGGAAUCUAUCGGACAAUCGAGUUACAUACAUUUAAUUUCGAACGAAAGCGGGCUUUGUUUACUUUAUUUGCACCGUGGAAUCGUUCGGUUGCGAAUUGCGGCAUGAGGGGGGUUACGGUAGCGGAGGGGGUCAAUCGAAAUCCAAUCACACAUCUUUAGAAGUUACAGUGGUAGCGUUUGCUGCAGCAUUCGGUGGGUUUUCUUUUGUUAGUGCUUGAUUAACUCAGAACAUGGUGUAAAAUUUAAUGCUUUAGUUUAUCAAAAGAGUUUUUCGGUCACUUGGUUUGGUGUGUUUUUUUUUUGUAUCAGAAUUUGUUCUGUGAAACAUGAACCUAAAGGCUAAAACUUAUUAUUGCCUACAUUCCCCUGCAUUAAUUAGUCAGUUAUUGGUCUGCUUGUUGCGUUGUGAUCUUUCAUUAUUAACGCACAUGUUUAAUUAGAUUCUCUUUAGAUGUGUAAAGUAAACGAUGUUUAUGCGUACAGUUGGGAAAACUUUAUGACAUACACCAGCACAGUUCAGAGUGUCUUUGGUAUCAUUGAAAAGAGGCUGUUGUAAUUUUUAUUGAUGCUAAUCGUACUACAACGCUAUGCAGGUUUAAUUUUACUUUUGUUAAAAAAAAUUUCAGAAUUUUUCUCUGUAGCGAUGUUUUCUGCUUUUUUCUGAUUAUGCUGUAUGCAUAUUGUAUACUUUUAGGUGUAUUAUAAGUGUUCAAAACUGCCUUAAUUCUACUUGGAAAAGGCAGCUUAUUGAUUUGACUCAGCCGAAAUCCGCCUAAUGCCAGCUCAAUAAACAGUAAAUCAACAAAAUUGAUUGUUGAGCUUUCAAAAUUGCUAAUAAUCGCCUCACUGGAUUCACAUUCAAUAAUCGUUCUCAAAUCACAUCGCAAGGUGGCAAAAGCGUUUAUGCCCCUGUCUUAAUGCAAUGCUUUCACAGGAGCGAAUAGAAGCUGAUGAAUUGCAUGAUAUGAAUGUGGAUACAAGUAUAAUGCUCUCAUCCUCUUGCUUGUGAGUCAUUCCAUGCUACUUCACAAAUCGAUCCUGAUCGACCAUUUCCGAUUUCGCUUAAACAUAUUAGAGUUGUUCCUUUUUGGUAGUAAGGUCAUUUUAUGAUAUCCACUAUUUAUGUUGAUUCGCGACUGCUGUCUCAAAAGGACCUAACCAAAAUGGUGACUGAUGGAUAUAUAUAUGCCAUCCAACCCGGGAUUUGUCAGCCAUCUCUUCUGGGUCAGAAAACUAGUCUUUCUUGGUUAAGUAUUCGAGGAAACUUAUUCAAGAAAGUUUGAUAUUGUGAUCGCCAUGAAGUGGCUGACAAACAAUGGAUUUCUAUGGCACACUGACACAAUCUCACCCCGCCUUACGGUACUUCAAGUGAAGAUAUGCGGUUGUUCUCAAAAGGACAGUUGGUUUUAGUUUUCACAAAACUGUGGACAUACUUGUAUGACGGUGCUUUUCACACAGAUGGGAGAUCCAAAAUUUAGCGCUGUAGAAAACAUGCUAUAAUCACUAGUGCGCGGUCCGUCCAUUCCCGCUGCGAGAUAUUUAAAACCGCAACCUACUGCGCUGCGACUUGUUUUCAGGUUUUCAAUUCCGAAAACAAGUCACCUCCGUAAGACCUAACUAAGUAACAUCAAAAUUCAAAUUUCCUUUAAUAUCUUGAUAGUUUCUAAUACUACAAUAAAGGUUGUUGCACUAUUGGAUGCAAUAAUAGAAGGGUUAUAAUAAAAUUAUGUUGAAUUUACAGGCUAUUUUGAGUAGUAAAAUUUUGCUAGAAUUGUUUUCCUCAAAGUAAUAAACACUAUGGCAAAUUUGUUCCUUAGAAAACUGAGGUUGUAGUUUUAAACAUUCGAAGCUGUGAUUUUUUUUUAAAGUUUUUCAAAUUAUUGACAUGCACACAUUGAGAAAUUGUGUAUGCAAAAUGCUUAUUCAUCAAUAUUACAAUAGCACACAAAUUAAAUAAUUAUUCCGCAAAUUUCUCAACUUUAAACAUUCGAGAAUCAAGGAAAGGUUUAGGUCUUGUUUUUUUUUUUGGAUAAAAUUGUAGAAAAAUGUUUUUUUUUCUGUUCACGAAUUUAGCCAAAGCGCCCUAUGGAAGUAACAUGAGACCUUUUCUAUUCUGUAACGACGUUUUAAACGGCAUCCCAAACAAAACCACUUCUUACCGGUUUUUAAAUCAGUGUUUCUCUAAUUUUUUUAUCCCUUGAUGGCAAACGGAAAAAAAUAAGUAAUUAAAUAUAUUUCCAAAAAAAAACACUAAAAGUAUUAUCUCUGUAAAAUCCCAAUAAAAAACAUCAAAGGUAAUAUUUCUCAAACAAUAUCGUCUUCGAUAUGCCUCAUUUCUGUAAACAAUGUUAUAGUGAUGCCUAAAUUUGGCGAAGAGAUACAUACUCAUGAAGAUUUCAAAUAAGAGCGUCCUCCGCGGGAUGGGAUUUGCCGGGAAAUUCCCAAAUCCAGGGAAAUUUUCAUUCAAAUCCCGGGAUCUAAAAAAUAAUUUUCUACAAAGAAAAUUAUUGAAAAAUCGAUUUAAAACUACAGGCUUUUGUCAUCUCUUUCACUUUUUAUCUAUUAUUAUGAAUAUGCUCUCUGGAGCGCUAAUGGAAUGUAUGAGAAAUGGGAAAUUGACCUCCGAUAGAGCGAUAGGGCUGUAGAGUUUCUCGAAAAAAGGCCUAUGCAAAAUUUGAGCCCAAUUGACGAUGAAAAAUUGCACAGAUAGUAAAUAGUACAUGAAAAGUAGAAAUCGAAACAUUGUCUUUGAUGCAAAAUGUCUUAGAAAUGUAUAAAGCGUAGAAAGCUGGAGCUCUUUCAGAAUAUUUUUUUGAAAAAAAAAUCUACUAGCGAAGAUUAAAAAAAAUGGAGAUGAAAGAAUCUUUCAGUCCAGCAGUCCAGUCUUAGGAAUUUUUCUUCAAAAUAUUUUUUUUUGGGACACCAAAUCUCUACAUUUUAUGCAUUUCUAAGAUAUCUGGCCUUCAAAAAAAUCCAUCCUCAAUCUUAUUUAAAUUUGGAUUAGAACGUUUUUCGAGAAGACGGAAUUCUGAAGCCAUCACCCCCGUUCCCCGUUCCUGAACGACUCUCCGUCUUUGCUUCGGCUUUUUUACAUUGAAAAUAAUUACCAAUUUGUUUUCAGAUCAUUGAAUUAUGGUCUCAAUCUUUUCUCCAAAAUGACCACAAUAGAAUUUAAUCUGAACAAAACGCUUCGUUUUUACUUUUCUUUUAACGUUUAAUAUUUCCAGGAAUCUUGGGGUAUCAAAUUUUCAUUUGCCGAAUUCCAAAAAGCUCGUCGGGAAAUGGACGCUUAAAUUCUUUAAGUUAAACUGAAACAAAUUCAGUCUUUCAAUAAAAUUUAGUAAAUAUAGCGCUGAACAAGUCUCGUGAUUAUCACCUCAUUGUAUUCAAAAUCUUGAAAGCAACCCCGUAACACUCGUAUGCGAGUGCAAUAUAAAGUAAGUCACAGUGAGUGGUUUGCGUGCAAUCUUGCGGAUACAAGUGUAGUUCAUUUCACUGUUUUGGCUUGUAUGUAAUCAAUUACCAAGUAGGGAUGGAAAAUAUCAAAUAAAAUCGCUAUCGAUAAUCAUCGAUAAUUUUCCAAUUCUAUCGACAGCUAUCUAUAAUUAUCGAUAGUUUGACGGUUGGAAGCAGAUGCAGAAAAACAACAAAAUAAUGCUUCCGUUGUGGGCAGGAACAAUAUUAAAAAGUUUAUUCGCACUUAUGCGAAAUCUCGCCGUUGUUCGCACGAGUUGAAGUGAGUGAAAAUGAUUAUCUCUCAUUUUUCCUACAAUUUUAAAGAGGAUUUCGUUUAAGAGCAAACAAGUAUCGAAUUCUCAUCCAACACUGGCAAGGCCAAUUUAUUUUUUUCAGUUCUGGCAUCAUUGUGGAGUAUGAAUGCCAAUGCAAGGGAAUAUCAAUAACUAUCGAUAACGCUGAAAGCUUAACGAUUCUAUCGAUAGCUGGCAACUAUCGACAAUUAUCGAUAGGUUUCCCAUCCCUAUUACGAAGUAUUUUCAUCAAGUUACACAUUCUACAUUAACGUUACAACAUUUUGACUAUUCUUUUGGCAUAAUUUUUGCUCUAACUCGAAAGAUUUCUUGGAAACCCUUCAAUAUUAUAAUAGGGUUGGAAAGUACAUAAAAUUUCCUAAAAGAUCAACAUAUGAGAAAUUUCUUUACUUUGUUUUUGUCACACUGGAAAGUGAUAAUGUAGCGUGAUGUUACAACAGACAGAGAUAUUAAGGUGACGGACCUUUUCUCAUUAAAGUCAAAAACUCUGCACUGUUUGUAAUUUUAAAACGAUUUCUUCCAAGGUUGCAUAUUCAAUUCUGGGGUGUCAAUUCCAUUCAAUUGGCCCCGUGCCGAUAACUUGUUCCACAAGUACAAUUUUGAAAUAUGAUGUACGACAAACUUGCAGUCCAUGAGUAAUGCUACAAGUUUGUCGAAGAAAGCAGUGCUCUAACUCUUACGCCUAAAGUGUAAGAGCCAAUAUUCAGUGGGAUAUUCAGCCAAUAUUCGAGGUGAAUAUAAAAAUAUUCACCGCGAAUAUUGGCUGAAUAUUGCACUGAAUAUGGGCUCUCACACUUCAGGUGUAAGAGUUACAGCAUUGCACUAUUCGACAAACUUGUAGUACUACUUAGGGACUACAAGUUUGUCAUACAUUGUUUCUCAAAAUUGUACUUAUGGAAUGAGCUAUCGGCACGCGGCGGAAAAGCACUUUAGAAUUGAAUAUGCAACCUUGAUUUCUUCUUCCAUGAUUAAAUCGAGAAACGAUAAUCAAAAAUUUUGCCGUGUUGAGACUGGCGAUAACUGGUAGAAUACAUUUUUGAGAAGCUUUUAUUUUUAGUGAUGUUAUAAUGCUCAUUUUUUAGCGUUGUAGUCUCACGAAAAUAUGAAUCAGUCUAUAUAUCCAUUAUUUAUCGUGUAUUUCUUACAUAUUUCUAUAGGAAAUAAUUCGAAAACUGGUUCUUCAUAUUAGUUAUCAUAACACUUCGUAGUAGGGUCAUAAAAUUUCUUGAAAAUUUAUACAGAAGCCAGUACAGUCUUACCUCGACUUAAGGCAACCUCGAUAUAACGUAACUUUUUUAGAUAUCUUAAAAUUAAAGUACAACAAUGAUUUUUGGGGUGUUUAAUGUUCCAAAUCAAUGUGUUUAGUAUGUUUUGAAACCAAUAAGUACCGUAAAAUGGUGAAAAUUGAUCUCUUUUUCUUUCGCUGUCUUCUGAUUGAUUUUUUUGUCAUCGAAAAUUGUCUUGAAAAGGCAUGAGAAAGAUUUAUAUAUACUGCUAGGAGAUAGGAAAUAAGUUUUUGCACACCUUUGAGUAACCAUCAACAACUUUGCAUCAAUGAAAAAACAUGUUUUCGUGCUUCGAUAUAACGUAACUCGAUAUAACGUAGCGAAAAGAAAAAUAAAGUUUCCUUAUGUUGAGUUAUGACUGUACCAGUAAACAUUGGCCAAAUUAUCCUCCCUCAGAAGAGUCAACGUGGCUUAUGAAUGAUAGCUUAUCGUAACGCUCAGCGCGUUGAAUGUAUGGGAAUGCUGAACAAAACUGAACAGUGAGGAUUUUCAGUGAGAGAAUGUAAGUUUUGUAAUUGUGAGUACCUAACUAUUUUCAUGAGUAACUCAUGUGUUAGAAAAAGUCGCAAAAGUGUCUGAUAUGACAUUAGGUGUGUACUAAUUUCCUUUUUUGUUCGAGCGUAUUUUAGAUGCUGACUGAAUCCAUUUUUUUUUAAAUGAGCUCGUAAAUGCGUCAAAAAUGCUAAUAUUUUUGAAAAUCCAUGAAAAAAAAUUGAACUAAAAAUGCCAGUUUAAACUUUUUAAGUUCCCGUACAAUUUGCUUGAUAUUUUUAUACUCAUAAAUAUCAGGAUGUUAAAAGUCUCCUAAAUGAAGAAAAGUAAUUGUUGCAAUGUUGCAAUGUGUAAUGUUUUUAAAACCACGUGAAAUACGUAGUAAAUGUAGUAAUUUGAAAAUUUGCGUUGAAAACUACGAUUCUUCAAUAAUCCGCGUUAAUCAAAAAGCCACUCCGACAUAUCCGCGUAAAAAUUCACGACGAAAAAGACCUGCAUGUAUUUUUCAAUAUUUUUUAAUAUUCCACCCAACAGAUAUUUUAUUCAUUGUUGUACGUAAUCUAUGGUUAACCUGUUAUCUAUGGAUGAUUGAUACUUUUGAAAAAGGUCCCACUUUUUCAUCAAAAUAAAUUAAUUUUUUUGUGAAGCUUUGAGUCGGUCAAGUGACUGAUGGUUAACCUACAGUUUUUUUCCGGAAUAUUUUUUUGUUUUAAUGUGGGUUAAACAAAUUUUUUUUCUCAGUGAUAUUAUAGGUAUAACGUAACCUGAAGGCCCAAAUACACACACGGCGCAAUGACACCUUCUCCAUACAAAAUAGAAGGCGUGAUCGCCAUCCCGCCUUUCGUUUUGUAUGGAGAAGGCGUCAUUACGCCGUGUGUGUAUUUGGGCCUUGAGUAAAAUGCAUUAAAUAUGUUAUCAGACAUAGACAAACAUUUAAAAAAAAAAUUGGGGCUUAACCUGGUUGUAACUUGAGUUGUACCCAACCUAAGCUGAGCUUUUCUAGCGUCAUAUUGAAGGUGUUUUUUGACAUUACUGGGAUUAAAUUUCAAAAAUUGGUUUGUCGGUGUACCAUCACUGAGAAUGUGUUUACUGUACAAGACUCCUGAUUAUCACUUCAUAGUACCCAAAAUGUUUUCAUGAUUCCCGAAUUGCUUCGAAGCACAGUAACAGCGUUAACACUUGUGUACUAGUGCAACCCACGAUGUGAACGUUUUGCGUGCAAGCUUGCCGAUACAAGCGUAGUAUUUCACCUCUAGGCUUGUAUGCAAUCAGCUAUGAUGUGUAUUCAUCAAGUGUCAACUAUCAAGUCUUCAUAGGCAAAAGAAUUUAGGUAAUUCCGAGAUAUCAAAUUAAUGAAACUUCAUUUCCCGGAAUAGUUGCCUUCAGUGCCUUCUUCGAUUAAGGUUGGAUUUCUUGAAUCGAUUCAAAACGUUAUCCACGGAGCGGUCUCCAGAGCUUGGCGAGUAGCCUGAAAUCCGAUAAUAAUGCGUUUAGAUAGUCACGAUUCUUCUUCUCACGGACUUAAACGCAACGCUUUUUUUUCGCAGAAAUUACUAGUCUUUGGUACCAAAUGAGAUUUUACUCUCUUGAUUGCUCGAAUCUUAUCUGAGUAUUAUCUCUAAGUAUAGUUUUUUUUCUAAAAAAAACCCUCGAAAUACCUACUUGAAGGUAGAAUCAUUUUUUUUUUUAAAUAUCAUUACAAGGGAAACAAGGGUAAAACAUAUGCAUUGAACCAAUGUUAAUGGCAAGUCAUGAAGGACUUCCAGUGACUAACGGUGUCAUAGAAAAUUUAUGUUAGUUUUGACUUUUAAUAUUUUGCUUUCCUUCAACUACAAUGCACUUCAUGAUUUCCGAUGUUUCACAUUAAUUCUUUCAUUACCAAUUGCAAAAGAAUGUUUGAUCAUUCGUGUUACUUUCCCCUGCUCGAGAAGACUCAAGCAAACGCACCCCGUACGGUUCCAUCACCCAGCUGGCCCAGCUCGGCUACUAUAUUCUGGCUUUGCAUUUAAAUGCCCCACUUUGCAGUUUAUAAAUUUUAUUGUAUGCUAAUGAAUACGACACGACAUGGUGUAUGAAACGAUGCGAGAAAAAAACUGAAAUAAAAUAAAAUAAAACAAAAGCAGCGGGAUCCCUGACGGUUUCCCUGCCUGCUCAUUUCGCGUUGGAUACUCUCUUUACACGGAUUGUAACUUAAUUUAUUAUCAUAAUAGUUUCCCCUUUAAAUCGCUUGUUGAACAGAAUGAUUCAGAAAAAAAAAUUAAUGACAAUAUAGCAUAUAAGAGAACUAUUGGAGCAGAAAGAAAAAAAAACCCGCAGCGGAGAUAUUUUUAAUGUUGAAAAAAAAAAAGAAAAAAAAUAUCCGCAACAUCAGUAGCCGAUAAUGAGAUUAUCCGUAGUGAGAUCGAUUGUUAGCGAUAUUUUUGCAAAUGAAAACUAGUUUUUAAACGGCUGUAGGAUGCUCUAGAAAUCGUUAAUUUUUCAAACAAAACAAAAACAAGAUCAAACUGAAACGCGAUAAUUUCAUUUCAGAAAUGAAGCAAAGAACAAAAUGGUUUAGAAUUAGACGAACAAGACGUGAAGUUGAGAAAAGAAAAAAAUCGCUGUUCGAUUAUUUUUAUUGUGUAAGUGCUGGCCUACGCUGUGUAGUGUUGAUUUUCUCCUUUGCCGUGUGAUCCUAUCGAUAAGACGAAGAAAAAAAGUACACCAGACAUGCUUGAGCAGCAGCAGCAAAAAAACCCCGUAAGGUGACAGCUGUUGAUCGGAAGGAUUUGUUGCCUCAUCAGAAAGACAAGUUUCCUCGCGCUGGCUCCGAGACGGCCCGCCUCUCCCACUUCCCUUUCUUCCCAAAAAAAAUCUCAUUUCAUCGUGAUUAAAGCUAUGCAAGCAAAAAAAAUUGAGGAAAAGAUGAAAAAAAAAACGCCAUCCUAUUAUCAAGCCAACCGCACUCGUGAAGACACUCGAAACGAAAAGCAUUAAACGAAUAAAAGACAAUUUUAUUAUUAUUAUUAUUAUUUAUUUGUCCAGUAGUGUAAAGGUUGACCUUUUUAAUUUGACUACUUCCGGUUUAACAUUCGUCUCUCAAUCAUUUUUGUGUUAAGUAAUUGAUUUACCUAACCUAACCUAAUCUCUCUAAGCGUGGUUCCAGAAAUUCAAACAGUCUCUCUUGAACAUUACCUCCGAUGCAGAACUUUUUACUCUGGCUGGCAACAUAUUCCAGCUAACGACUCCUCUAACGAACAAGGAAUUUCUAUAGAUUGAAGAACUAUUUGAUGGUACAACUAAGUUUUGAAGACGUCGACCGCGUGAUGGAAUCAAUUUUCUGUGAAGUGAUGACGGUAUACAAGUUGUCAUGAGCUUUUUCAUAAAAACACAGGAACGAUACGCAUAUAAUUUUUGAAGUGGGCAUCCAAUAAGAUUUGAGUGCAAAUGACUUACACGGGAGUAGCGAUUCAGCCCAUAAACAAAUCUCACGCAACAGUUCAGAGCAACACUUAGUUUACGCAGUUCACCGGCACCUGGAUCGAUGUGAACCACAUCUCCGAAUAGAAAAUGAGGAAGAAUCAAACUUUUAAACAGCUUCAGUCGGGUACGAACUGGAGCAGAGGUAGCACAACUAUAUAGCGUUCGUAAACCGGAAUAAAUUUUCCCACAUUGUUGUCGUAUAAGUCCAUCCCAUUUUAGAUCGUUGCGAAAGACGUAGCCCAGGUUGUUUGCAUUAUCUGUCCAGUGAAUUACUUCUCCGUCCAUUAUAACGUCAGGCAGUGUAUUAUGGUGAGCAACAUUCCGUGUUCUGGUUUUUAUUAAUAGGGCUUUACUUUUGCUUUUAUUGACAAGCAGUCCAUUUCGGCGAGACCAUUGUGUAAUCCUUGCAAGAUCCUCGUUAACCAAUUCAACAAUUUCGCUGGUACCAAGACCCAACCGGCUUAUGUACAACUGUACAUCAUCAGCAUACAACUGAAUGGUGCAGUACUUUAGAACAUUAGGCAGAUCAUUAAUGUAGCAGCAAAACAACAGCGGGCCAAGAACAGAUCCUUGCGGCACUCCUGAAGUGAUCACAGAACUAUUUGAUCGUCGAUCUCCACAGAAAACGGUUUGUUUUCUAUCUGUUAGAUAUGAGUUGAUUAGAUUUACUGCACCAGAACUGACAUUAAACUGUGAUUGCAGUUUUACGCAGAGCCUGUGAUGAUUGAUUGUAUCGAACGCUUUGGAGAAAUCUAGCAACAAUAGUAUAGAGCCAGCCUUUUUAUCAAACGCAACAGCUAGAUCAUCGUACACCCGGAUGAUCGCUGUUUUAAUGCUGUGACCUUUUCGAAAACCUGCUUGAAACUCUGAUAGUAAAUUGUUUCCAGUGAUGUAAGAAGUCAUCUGCUUCCCAAUUAGCUUUUCGAAGACUUUCGAGAGAGCGCAGAGGAUGCUUAUAGGCCUCAAGUUUGUUAUUGAAGUCAAAUGGCGCUGCUUUCGGACAGGAAUUAUUUUCGCAUGUUUCCAGCAAGAGGGAAAAACACUGCUUUGUAUAAUGACAUUGAAGAUAUGCGUAAUUUGAUUGACGACCAACGGUAAUAUGACCUUAAUAAAUUUUAUCGGCAGAUCAUCGAGUCCUGUUGCAUUCGAUUGCACGUCUUAAUUUAACGAGAAACUGCGACGUUUAAAACCGCCAAUUAUCUUUACGAUUCUUCGGUAGUAGCUGCUACUCUUAUCAGUUAGUGUUGAUUUACGUUGUAUUUAGUUUGUAGUUUAGAGAACUAUCGUUGAAUUCUUCUAUAGAUUGUAAAACCGAGCGCAACAAUUUUCACGUUUUAUCCUGUACUCUAGGGUCCCAGCCUUAGGAUACUGUAUCCUUCCCAUCGUCGUUGUUGUUGUUUACUUUCUUUUGAUUUACUUUGAGCACACUAGCUCAAAGUCUCUGUUAGUAGUAGUAGCAAUAGUAGUGUAGUACUGUAGUGAAAUGUUCUGUUACGAAACUUCAAACGGCAAACCCACUUCAAUAUUUUAGUUCUGUAAGGAAGCAUCAGUUUUGGACCUUCAAGCUGCAACCAAAAUUCAACUAUCUUAUAUAUUAUUUAUAUUUGUUUGCUGUGUUUAUUUAGUAAUCUGCGAAAGCGGAGCCCUUUUUGUCAUGUUGAACAAUAAAAGUUUCAUUUGUUCAGAGUGUUUAUGUUUAGUUUCUGUGUUCGAAUAUUGUGAAACUUUCUUUUCAAUCGUUUUGGUUUUUAAUUCUAAAUUCAACUAAAAAGAUGACAGGUUUUGCAUAGGUAUAACGAGUGACACACGGCAGUGGAAGAAGCAACAGGCAACCUUUUUAUUAGUCCGAUCUAAGUUGAUUUCCCGCCAUUAGUGUGAAUGCUGUCAUUGACACCUUCCAUCCUCUGCACAGUUUGUGGUCACACACACACUUCAAUCACGGCAGGGAGAAAUCACCAGAAUCGGAAGACAGCUCCGCUGAAUUACCACCCUUAGAGAGAAUUCUAGAGCAGCGGGAAACAACUCUAAAAGGAAAUUUAGUAAACUGAUUGCCAGUGAGUGCAGCGGGAGUCGAUGUCCUAAUGUACGAAAGUCUCCCUAUCGCUGAGACGAAAGUAACAGCUUGUUAUCUAUUUUGUUCGUUUCCAAUCCGGAGACGGUUCAUUGCCCAAACCCAAACUCAAACUCCCUUCCGGUUGGAAAUUUGUUAUUCCAAUACAUCUUGGUAGAUGUUAGCUUACGACAAGAGUGUCUGAAGGUGAUUGAAAGCUCAAGCAGAAUAAUUAUCAUGCUGUUUGAAAACCAAAAAAAAAACCUAUAAAGAGGAAAAGUUGUCGAAAGUGGAGCGAGAGAGAAAAAAUCAAAUUGUGCCUUUUCGUAGUGAACAGUUGAUAGCGGUGAGGAAGAAUAAUAAUAAACCGAUAAUAAUCACAAGAUUCCAAUAAUAAAGUGUAGAAUCAGUAAACCGGAGAACUACUUUUAGACUCGCAGGGCUAAGGAUCAAUAUUUGAGAACAACAACCAUUCUGUACAAUAAAACAAAAAAAAGUCGUAGCCGAAACAUAGAAACCAGCCGAUUUCGCCGGUCAAGCAGCAAAAAAUUUUUAUUCCAUUCAUUGUGGGAAACUACAGUCACAUCACAUUUUCCAUUUGAAUAUCAGAAUAUCUUGUAGUUCUUUACAAGUAGUUUAAUAUCUAGAGUUAAGAACAGGUGAAUCGUCAGUUUGAUUACUAGUAAGCAAAGACCCAUUCCUGAAUCCACAAGAAGAAAGGGAAAUAUUUUAUAACAAAGUAAAAUCAAAAGAGAUACAGCAACAAACAACCAAUCACAUAACAACAACAGCUACAAAAGAAAAAAAAAAUCAAAUUCAGCAUACACAGAAAGCGUUUCAUCUUUGUACUUUCAUGUUAUAUCUAUAUACUGUAAAACGGAAGGAACUACUCACUACCUAUAUCUCUUUACCGGUAAGCUCAUCUCUGACCGCAAAUCAAAGAAACAACCGGCAUUCUCUUCUAACUUCUACUCUUCUAUCUACUAUAUAUUAAUAUAUAUGUAUACAAAACAAUACAAUACAGUGCGUAUAGGUACUAAGAAACCCGUCGUUCCCCGUUUUAUACAGAGAGCUUACCGUCUUGGGUCCAUUUUGGACCCACUCGCAUCGUUCAUGAGAUUAUUAACUGAAGUGUGAUAUGAUUUUUUGUGGAAGUUUUCUUAGAACUUUUGUCAUUCCAAACAUCGAAUGAUAUUUAUUCUUUACUCAAAUUAUUUGUUCUUGAGUCGUUAUUUAAUGGGGUAUUCAAUAUUACUUUAGCAGUGUUUUGUGCUGAAGCUUCUGUAAUUAUUUGCCUCGAUGAUAUAAAGAACCUUUUGUUUUCUAUUCUAAUGUUUUUCUAGUUUAAAUUUGCUCAAUUUUUUAAAUCUUCACAGAAAAACAAGGUGUAAUUGUUUUUAACAGUUAUACUUCCUUCAGAUCCUCUGUUACCGAAGUUCUGAAAAUUUAAUUGAAUUCGUUUCUUUUUAGCAAAAACCACUUGAGCUGCUUAGCAAACUCAAGGAUGAUUCAAUUUCAUUUUUCUUUGCUUUAUCACUAAAAGGCAAAGAUUCUGGUUGGUAUUUGUGACGUUUCGUUUGAUUUUCGUGGCUUUCAUCCACAAACACCUAAUAACUCCCAAAGGUUACGGGGUGAACAUUAUAAACAUGAUUCCAACAAGCAGAUAGAACUGGAAGGGACGAUAGUUAGAAAUAAAUUUCGCUUUAGGUCUCCAGAGUUUUUAACUAAAGUCGAAGUACUAGAACAAUGCAAUCUUCCCGAAAACUGACUUCUAUCCUGUUAAUGCGAUAGUGCAUGACAAAUGAAAGUUGGCAGGUAAUUGAUUAUGACAAGGUUUUGUAUAGAAGAUAACUAUUUUAUAUAUCACAAACAAACAAACGGAGCGCCCAUGGGAAAUCCACUCUCAAUUUUUGUAUAUGAACUUUUAUAGCAAAAUUGUAAAAUCACUGAGGAGCUCGUCUAUUCGAUUGAAAAAAUUAGGUCACACAUUAUUAGCCAUUUGAUAUUUGUGAGCUAUAUCAACUAUUGUGAUGAUUUUUGGUAUUUCGACACGCAAUCUUCUUCAUGAAAUUGAACCUAUACUUUAUUGCAAGAAUUUACCCUGCAUAUAAAUAAAGAAUUCCGUAACGUAAAUGAUUUUAUUGACAUUGUUGCCUUUGUUUCUACCAUUUAUUAUCGGUAGUUUCCCAACCGGAAUGAUGCCCGAAGGCCAGAAUUCGAUUCUAGACGCCAUUCUUGAAUUCAGAAUGACUUUUUCCGGUUUCUCGAAUGCAGCCUAAAAUGGCCAAAUAUUAUCCAAUAUGAGUAUUCCCGAAACCAGGAUGAUACCCAAGGCCCGAAAAUCAGCUCUAGAUGUCAUUUUUAGAUCCGAGAUACCGGACUCACGGUAUCUGGAAAACAGCCAAAAAUCACCAAAUAUCACCAACAAUGAGUGUUCCCGGAGUCGAAAUGAUGGUUAGAAGACGAGAUUCAUCCACGGAUCUCAUACUAAAAUCCAAAAUGGCGACUUCUGAUUUCCGUAAAAGGGACUCUCUGGCACACUCUAUUUGUGAAAUCAGAAUGAUGCCUGGACGUCCGAAAUCGACUCUAGACGCAAUUUUGUAGCCUAGAUGACAACUUCAGGUUUUUGAAAAACAGUCUAAAAUGGUCAAAUCCCACCCAAUAUGGGCAAUUCCAGAGUUAGGAUUUAACUCCAGGCGCCAUUUUUCAAUCCAAGCUUGCGACUUCCGGUUAACAGGAAACAAACUGAAAUGAUUGAUCGAAUGAGGCUAUUUCCAGAAUCAGGAUGAUGCUCGAAACCAAAACUGGAAACGAUGAUGAAAAAUUCCAUCAAUCCUAGCCUUUCUGUGGCAUACUUUCCACGAUGUUUUUUUUUGUUGUACUUGAGUAAUGCUAAUUUUCCGUCUUUUCCUACCAAGUUUACUUCUCAGUAAAAAUUUUUGCGAAGUGUUUUCUGCAAUUUGAGCCUUGAGGGACUCUAGUGACUAGCAAUUCAACUAUUUGUUGACGGUUAUUUUAGAUACGAUUAGGUGCAAUCUAGCGAUUUUGAAUAAAUUUCCAAAAAAAGACAAAUAGUUAUACAUAUUAAGCAUUAGUUAAUACAGUCAGUUAAGCAUAUAGUUAAUACAGUCAAAAGCUUUGGUAAAGUUGGUAUAAAAAAUUUAUAGAUUAUCUAUCGAGUUCAGACAAACUUUUUUUUUGGUGCCUUGUUAUUAUAUUUUAUUAUUGUUUUCAGUCAUUUUAUUUUUAAUGAAGUCUUCUGAGCCCUAUUUUAUGGUCUUGACGUUUGUUUUAAGUUUCUUCUCGACAAUUUAAGGAUGGUCCUAUUUGUUGAGAAGCUCCUAGUAAAGUUUCACUAUUUGAAGUGAAUCAAGUCGCCUUCGCAGCGUCUUGAAAAAUUGUUCAAAUUUCUGACAGAAACAAACUGUGUUACCAAUCUCAGUAGAAUCAGGCCUAUUCAGCUACUUCAACAUGGGUUUAUUCGCGGGUUUCUCUUCACAUACCCUUCUUACUUUUUUUUCCUCUGUGUGGACUCAUCACUGCGACCAGAGACAUUUGAUCUAUUGUGAUACUGCCCAGGUGUUUUUCUGUACUCCGCACUUCAUAUUGUUGGCAGUAUCACUAUUGAGGUAAAUUUAUUUAUAUCCGUGCUUGUGUGUGAGAGUUUACCCCUUCGUUUCAAGCUUACCGAGCUCUUUCUAUCCUACCACUAUCGCCAAAUUACAAUUCCCUGAACUGAGGCUACACCUAAUGUUUCUCUCUGGCCAGGUUAAUUCUAAGAGGGACUUAUUAUGUCAAGAGGGGGAGUCUUAUCGAUACCUCGUUCCCGUGCCAAUUCAAUUCCCUGUAGAGGAUAAAUAUUCCAGAGAUCAGUUUUAUUACAAGAAGGACUUAUUUUGUCAAGAGAAAGCAGUCUUAGCGAAACCUCGUUCCUCCUACCAACACCGCGUCACAAUCACAAUUCCCUGAAGAGGCACUCAAUGCUUCACACCUCUGGUCAGUUUUAUCAUAAGUAGGACUUAUAUUUUGUCAAGAGAAAGAAGUCUUAUUGAACCUCAUUCCUCCAGCCAAGACCGCGUCAUAAUUACAAUUUCCUGAAGAGAACUAUUAUACGUUACUCAGAACAGUUUUAUUAUAAAAAGGACUUUUUAUAGGAUGAAAAUCAGCAGGGGAAUUUAGUGUGAAGGAAGGGUAUGUAGUAGAGAGUCUGAGAAUAAACCCAUGUUAAAGUCCUUUGACAAUCAAAUGACCUGAUUCUACUAAGAUUCGAACCCACGACCACGCGCCUCUCACAGCGGACUCUGUAACCUUGCGGCUACGAAGCUCCAGCACCCUUCUUACUUACUUUCUUCUUACUUUUAUGGCAACCGAUCAUAGAGAUCUUAUGUCGAAUUAGGAAUACGCUUCCAUGAAACUCGAUCUUGAGCUGCUCGGCAAUCCUCGUCGACAGCACACUCCCAACGCGUUCGGGGUCUACCUCGAUGUCGUCGGCUUCUAUCCGGGUGCUGAAUACUACCUGUGCCAGUCACUCAUCCGCCAUACGUGCUACGUGGUCAGCCCGCUGUAAUCUUUCAUUAGCUUGACAAUAUCAGCGUGUUUGUAUACGUCGUACAGCUCGUGAUUCAUGCGACUGCAUCACACUUUAUUUUCUUGUUUACCACCGAUCGGUCUCCUUCGACGUUUGCAGCUUAUGUCCAUAGACCACCACCGGGUGGAUCAGUGUCCUGCAGAGCCCAAAUUUAAUGCGGAUCUAAACUGUCUUCGAAAUCCGUAAUUGGUACUCUUCUUUGCCGCGUUCGUCUCUUCACCUCGCAGCUCACUUCGUUAUCACACGUUUCGAGUGUACCAAGAUCAGACUUCGAAAAGGUCACGGUAUAACCACUUUUUACAGCUAUAAUGGUCUUCUUUUUCCUCUGACGGUGCCAAGGCUCGCUGUCUAAUAGCAAUUUUUUACAAACAUGUAAAACGAAAACUCGCCACCACGACGAUUUUUUCCUUGAACGUAUUCUGACAUUUUUUCUAGAAAUGAGAAUUACACACGUUGUGUGCGGAGAUUUUGAAAAAUAUUUAUAUCAUUGAUGUUAUAACAACAUAUAUAUAUUUCGAAAUAGACGAAAAGAGGCGAAAAUAACAUCGCCAAACAAAUGAGAGUGUGCAUCUCUUUAAUGCGCGAGUGUCGAAUGACCAUCCUAUUAUUUGUAUGAAAGGCGACCGACGGUUGUUCUGCAUUUACAAGCGAAAGCCUACUGUGACGCACGCUAAGUAAGCGAAAUCAAUUGAAACUGUUGACCAUUUAUUGCGACUUUUACGCUAAAUUGGACUACCCCGAAAUACACGAUUAUCACAGUCGAAUCUCGCCCACAAAUUCGCAGUUUGGGUGAUGGGUAUCGAUACUAGCGUUAUCGAAACGCUUGACAGAAAUAUUUUAUUAUAAAGACAAAAAAAAUUCUAUCAUGACUGCUACCUUGGUAGGUCAAUGAAAAAUCACUCCGGCAAUGGUCAGUGUUUGAUACCUAUAUAUAUUAAUAAAGUAUACUUGAAACCGUGAGGUCUGUUAUCGAUACAAUGACAAUUGAGAAAGUAUCGAUACUCAGUAUCACCCAAUCAAUCAUGUAACACUUAGUUUUGUUUCGAGAUUCAACCUAAUUUUCAACUAAAGCUGCUCAAAAAUAUAUACUCAAUGUUGCAAAUGAAAAACAAAACAAACAAUGAACCCAAAAAAACUGCCACUGCGCUACUGAGGUGUCAAUUUGAUAGCGCGAAAUAAGAAAUUGGGCAAUGAAUGAUUAUCACAGAAGUCCAAAUAGUCAUGCAAGGGGCAAUACUAGCCUGACUAAGAUAGACAAAUUCAACAUCAACCACUUCAAAAGUAUCCCCAUCCAUCAGCACUGCAGCAACAAUGUCCGUAAGACUAACACGUUCGAGGAGUUUUGUCAACGCUUUGACAAACGGGUGGUCAUAGGUUCGAAUCUUAGUAGAAUCAGGCUACUCGGUAUCAGAGGGAUUAAGGUACGGGUUUAUUAUUAGGCUCCUCCACACGAAAACUUCACUUCAGACUGAGAAACUCGUACUUAAACCUUCGGAAAUUUCAUCCACCCAUAGUAUGUUAUCCGCUGUAGUAACAUGCUUGAGGAGAUGAUAAAGUCGAUAAAGAAGAUAAGAGAAUAGUAAGUCUGGGUGAACACAAGCACUAUAACACGCAGCAAAUAACUUCUUAAAAAGUGCAAACAGCAAGAAUUUAGACAAUGCCACGAAAGAACGAAACUUACGGAAGAGAAGAAGUCCAAUAUCAGCAGCUUCCUUUCUGAGUGUCGUAAAAGUGUCUUCCACAGCUCUGAUUAACGCUGACGAUAUCGAUGUCGACGGUAAAGCCUAGAAGCACGUGAGAUUUCGUGAUCAGGAAUGUUAAUAAGAUAGAUUAUCGUCGACAAUCGUCCUGGCCGAUGUUGAUAACGUCUUGUAUUGUUAUUGACGAUGACGAUAGCGUCUUCAACCCUUUAUAAGGCCGUGGAAACUACGCAAGGAAUCGACAUAAACUUCAGUAAAACGUAUUCCUUACAGGAGGUACAACACAUCUGUACCUUUGUUGAAAAAUUCAUUAUUGAAUCAAUUGAAAAAAUUGAUGGCAAUAUAGUUGCCACUGCCCUGUAACCUCAAAACCGAUGGAUAUAUUUUUCUACAGCUGCACUGUAAGCUUGCUCUUUUGUAAUUAUAAAAAAGAAACAUCAUAGUAACCUAAAUGUAACAAUAGGACUUCAUUUAUUUGUAAGGAAAAGGACAAAAUAAAAAAUCAUUCAAGUGGUAUUCUGAAAAAAACAUUUCGGAAGAAAUUUGAAAUUUGUCGUCCAGCACAUCAUGUAUUUUAAUAAAAAAAACUGCAUAAUCUAACACAGUAGGUCCUAAAUGGAAAGUUUCUGGUGAAAAACUUAUCAAUUUGUUGGAUUUUUACCAAAUUAAAAAUGAAUUUCCUAAAAACGUUCUAAAACCGCGGUUUUUUUUACAUACAAAUGAACCCAAAAUGAAUAUUGUACACUUCUAGCAGUCCUAGAAAAAAACUGAAGUGUUCGAAGACACCUUUAGCAGUCUUUGGUUAAGCCAAAUUUAAAAACAAUAUUCUUAGUGCAGCGAAAAAAAUGUAUUUUGUUGGUGGCAAUAUAGUCGAAAAGUAGGCACGGUGUGAGGAAACGUUUUUUCACUUCGGAGGGCUGUAGAUUUAGCAUCACUAGGUAGAGAUACUCAUAGAGAGAGAGAUAAGCGAUGAAAAAACCGCCCAUUUGGCAACUAGGUUUCACACGUCAGAGGUGCCAGAUCUCUUUUCAAAGCGCAGUCUAACUAUCUUUUUCAUUCGACGCGUAUAACCGGUGGUGACGAUGGAAGUCCUGGGGAGGGGAAUAAUAAAGUGCAUUAAAAAAAUCGUGAAGGUGCUAAAUUUUAUGUUAAUGUUUAAUUUUAUGUACUUUCACCAUAAUUGAUCACUUUUUUUUGACCAUAUAUAAGGUUUGUGAACCAUCAGUUCAAAAUCAUAGUGAUAAAGCCAUUUUAAAGCAUUCUCAAAGAGAACAUGAAAAACGUGUGAAAAUAAAUAUAUCCUUCAUUGCCCCUGAUUGCAAUACCUCUCAAUGUGUAACCUUUCUUGUUCGUUUGGCUCGGAUUUUGACAUGUUCGUUUGGCUCACAGCAUUCUCUUAGUAUAUCUCUCCCUCUGACAGGCAACAGGAAGGAACUUUUCCUUGUUUGGUUGUGUUUCUUUUCUCAUCAGGAAGGGACGCACGACGCAGCUUUUAUCUUGUUUUGUUGGGAAACCAUGUUGAGGCCUAAUAUGCCACAACGCGUAGCGUUAUACUGAGACGUACGCCGCCUUGAAAUCUUUUGACAGAUGAUGUCCAUCCUUCCCUAUUUUUCUCUUGUUUCCUUCAACGACUAUCCUAUCUUUCUCUCCAUUCAGCAUCAUUUCGAAAUGUUGUUUAAAGGUUGUUACGGUCAAAAAUUGAUCAUACAAAAUAUGUGUGUUUUUAUUUCAAUUUCAAACAUGUUUUUUGUCAAGUUCAGUUCGUACAGAAUAAAAAAAUUUUAAAGCUUCCUUUUUAACGAAUGCGAAUUGCCGGCCUUUUACUUGAAAUCUCCCAUCAAAUUUUGUACAGCCUUCUUGGUCACUUUGUUAACCGCAGAACGCCAUCUUGUUGACAACUGUCUUUUGUGUCUUCUUAGACGGAGCCUUACGAUAUUUUUCUAUAGAGCGGAGCUCACAUCAGAGGGGGGGGAGGGGUUUGGCACCACCUGAACAUUGUUCGCAGCAUACCGCUCCAUUGCCCUUUUUCCAUAAUGGCAAGAUGCCAAAACCGGUCGGAACCGAAUGGAACAUCUGUGUUGCUUGAGGAAAGCCAACAGACGCAUUUCCAGGCACUCCUGCACAUACAUUUCCUGGUUCCAUCAAUGUUGCUCUUCAAAUCACAAGAACAGAUGGCCCGCCACAAGAGGUUUUUUUUCACAAACUUCGACAACUUAGUGUUAGAAAAUCUCUGCCACCUUUUUUCUUCCAGUUGCCGCAAAAUAUUACUGUCCUGUUUUGACAUAAGUUUAUCUGCUUAGGUCACGAUUCAACGAUUCGACAUUCAACAAUGUUGUCAACUUGGCGUUCGAGUAGGUCCGAUUUUUGCGAUGUGCGAGCAAAAUUUUGAUGCAUUGUUUCUCUUGCUUCAACGCCAUUCUCACAACUGAAGAGCAAAUGCUAAAAUCAAACAUAAGGCAUGAUACUAUACACGCACACUUUCAAAAUGGUGUUCUGUUUUUUCGAUACACGAUAAAAAUAUUACGGAAAUUUAAAGAUGACCAAUUUUUGACCGCAAUACCAUUUAGGACGACUGGCCACCUGCAACAUAUCAGUAAUCAGGUUUUACCUCCCUGUCAAUAAACAUGGCAGGUACCGACACAGCACGGUUAACACGCGGGGCACAAUCUUCAACAAAUCCAGCCAGUUCACCUAAUUCGCUGACGACGUUGGAAUGACGGUUCAGUCAUGCCUACUGCGGACUGCAUAGGACCUUGGGGUCUGGUAAACGUUGCCCCCGUAUCAAGUGCACCAUGUACAAGACGCUCAUCGACGUCCUCGACGAGCUCGAAACAUGAACAAUGCUCGAGGCUGGCUUGACGUUCGCCCCCAAAAAAAGACCCCAUAUCGAUGACGUCGGUCUAUCGUUUUUCGAAUACCCUUUAUACACCCUGUCGACUUUUCUCUUGACAAAGUAUGUCUCUCUUAUAAUUAAACACAAAAAUAUUAGUCUUCUCCAGAAUUGAAAUGGCAAUAUUACCAGAAAGAACGAGGUUUCCACACUAAUUUCUCUUGACAAAAUGUCAACUCGGUAUAGUAGAGCAGAAAAUUUAAAACGGAAGUGAUGAAAUUUACUCACAAGUUCGGAUGUGAAUGACAAUCAACUUACUCUCAAUAGUGAUAUUGUUAAUAACAUGAAGCGUGGGUUGAAGAAAACGCCGAGGUAAAAUGUAACAAUAGACCAAAAGUUUCUACUUGUUGUGAGAAAAAUUAUCAUAAAUUUUACAAUCCUGUGCCAGAGUAUUGGUAUCAUACAGGCUUGUGAAUAGUAUACAGUAGCGCCAUUUUCACUGUAAACCUGUUUAAAUUUUUUGAGUGGUGGUAACUUACCAAGUCUGGCCAGAAUUGGCAAUCCACUUCUUGCUGUUCCAGAAAAGGCAGUAAUCUCGUCUCUCCAGUAAGCAAUACUCCGGCUAAAUUAAUUGAAUCAUGGUCGAUACUUUUCUACUAUAUUAAAAUUUUCUCUCAGAGCACUUUUUCGGUCAAUUGAGGUGUGAAAUCUCUGCUUAUGAAUUUUUUCGAGAAAUAAUUUUCACGUCAAUAUUACGUGAAAAUUUAUGUGGAAUUUUUUACGUAAAUGUUACGAGAUUAUUACUUAAGACAACCAUUAAAGGGUCCAGUAUGUUGUUUGGUAUUAAUUAUGUGAGAUUUUAAUAACUUUUAGUGGAUUUUCACGUUACUAUUAUAUGCCAAUAUGGUAUGUAAAUUCACACCGGAAAUCCACGUAACAUUUCUUGUUUGUUUUGCGACGUUUAUCAACAGCACAUAAAUUGUAUGUGCUGAAUAUACUUUCCCAUAUGUUUUAUAAUCCACUGGUCUUCCACCUCUGGGCAUCCGGGUGAUGGUCUGACUUUUCUUGAAUCGUUGCAGAAUGUCACACAUCCUACGCAAAAUCGAAUCGCGAAACGCUUAAAGCUAUAAAUGUAAACAAAUCAACCUACCCUGAUAACAAGUGCCUACUGUAAUUCAAUACAUCCUCAGCUUCAUUUGGUGAAAUUCAUAAAAUAAUACCUACUCAAUUUAAAAACAUCGAUUUUAUUGUUGCGAGUUUAUCCGACAUGAGGUUGGGUGAUAGAUUUUCGUCUUUGAAACCUAUCAAAAGUUUGUACCAAUACCUACGAAAAACCUUGAUAAAUUCCGUAACCUCUUCGACAACUUUGUCACACUAUUCUGGUAAUUAACUCUAUACCACUUUUUUUCGAGAACUCCCUACCUCAACAGACAACGACACUACUUCAGAUUGAAUUUAUUGUCUUUAAUUCUUUUCCAGUUGACUUUCGUUGUUUGUAGUAGGACAUUUAAUUUAUAUGGGCCAAGGGUAACACUGGUUAUUAGUGGAAAAGGACUUUUUAUUUCUCACCUUUUAAUGUUUCUAUUUCAGAGACUUAUAGGUAUUUAUAUCACAGAGGCAAAAAAUAUACCGAAGAAAAUUAUAAGUUUUCAAAGCUGCUAAUUUCAUAGGUUUCAUUGUUACUAGAGCUUAACAUCAUCAUUCUCAAACUUCCACCUCCAACAUCAAUAUCAUUGUCUCCGUUCAACUGUUAUUACCACAUAUAUAUAUUUACCACUUAGAUAGAGACAUUCAUAAUCAAACAAGCAUGGGAGCCAAACAUGCACCGUUCAUUCGUAUCCAUUUACUAAUCGAAAGUCAAAGCUUUAAUGUUUAAACAAUAGAUAACGAAUCGUUCAAUAGACCUCUACCUAGGACAACAGCAGCAGCUAGAAGAGCAAAAACCAAAAACAAACAAAAAACCCGAACCGAUUUCAGGCACGAGCAAAAACAAAACGACGUAAUAUUAUAAACCAAAAGGACAAACAAAAACGGAUCCAAUUACUCUUCAUCGAGCUUUUUACAAAGAACACAUAGUAAAACAAAACUAAAAUAAAAUCCAAUGACAUAAUAACUAAAACAAACCAUACUGACAGAGCUAACACGAGAAACUAAUUUAAAAAAAGAAAUGGCUGUUGGAUUUUAGAGCAGCAAAGCCGGACGGAAGCUUCUAGCUUUUAGUGUAAUUUCUAGUACAUAUAACGGAAGGGGUAAAGCAAUUCCUUAGCUUUCCAGUACGCAGAUUAGUUGGUUAUGUUUUGUCGAUAAGGUUUAUUGUUUGAAAGACUUUUACUACAUUAUCAUAGUAUAUAGCAAGCGGCCAGACUAGACCAUAGAUGGCGCAUUUUCCUAUUAAACGAUACGUCGGGUAAGUUGGAUUGGAUGGAAGAUUUUAGGUUUAGGUUCCUCCACUAUUAUUAGCUAAAGCCAGAUCAUUUGGCAAGACAGAAAAAUUUAAACGUUGUAAAUAUUCGCGGAGGUAAACAAAAAUAUUCACCCAAAAAUAAAUAUAUAACUACACGUUCUUCACUCUAAACGAGUUGCGGUUUGAGCGCAGACGGAUGUUAGUUUUGUUGAAAAAGGCGUCUGUUAAGCGAUGAAAUAAAUAUCAAAAACGUGCGUAUCAAAAGUGAAACGUUUUUGAGCACACGCUUCCGAUGGAUGAAGCGAACACAGGUGGAUGGUGGUGGAAUGCUGAAUAAUUUUGUAAUUUUUAAAGUGAAAAAUAAUUAACAUAUCUGCACA